AAGGCAAAGUAAAAAUAAUAUUUUACAUGAUACCAGACAAAAUAAGUACAAGAUAUCAACAUAAAUAAGUUGUGUAGGUAUUAUCAUAAAAGACAACCCAGGGAAUAGCUGUCUAGAGAGCUCAAAAAAGUAAAAAAUGGAAACACCGCAAAGAAUACUGUAUCCUUUAGAAUUUUUAAAGUCAGAUGUUAAAAUCCUGCUGCUUUUGUUGAACCAGCCACCUCAGCCAGAAAAUGUUUUGGAUAAACUCUGGAAGAACGCUGUCUUAAAGGUUUGUUGUGAUGGUGGUGCGAACAGACUUUAUGAUACAAAGCAUGGAGACAGAUACGUUCCAGAUUUUUUAUGUGGAGAUUUCGACUCCAUACGAGACGAAGUUAAAGAUUUCUUCGUUCAGAAAAAAUCAAAUGUUGUUGUUCUGGAAGAUCAAGAUUAUACUGAUUUCACGAAAGCUGCACGCUUUGCCGUCCAACACUGCAAGAAUAAUAACAUUGAGUAUGACGUCAUUGUGGCAUUCAAUGCAAUCGGUGGACGACUAGAUCACACGUUAUCAAAUAUCAACACGCUCUACAGUAUUCUUUCGUUGCAGAAUAAACCGUGCUACUUGUUGUCAGACUUAGACUCGGUAUGUCUUCUUAAGCCAGUUACAACGAAGAUUAUUUGUGAUGCGUCCUUAGAAGCAGGGUGGUGUGGAUUAAUACCAGUUGGAGAAACAGCAACCAACGUGACAACUUUCGGAUUAAAAUACAAUUUAGACAAUCAAGCCCUCCAGUUUGGAUCAUUAAUAAGCACAUCAAAUUCUCUCGACAAGGACGUUGAUCGUGUUACAGUUACUACGUCACACCACUUAUUGUGGAGUCUGGGCUAUGACGCCAGUAAAGUGUAACAUGAAUGAUUCGUCUACUCCAGAUUAGAUACACGUGAUUUAUAAACAAUCACGUUUUUAUCUCCCGCUGAUAUGCUUGUGGUGAGUUACAAGAAAGUAGACAACGACAAUGACAUGGCUAGAGCAAAAAGCGUAGAUGGAAGCCUUUUAAGAAAUUUAUGCCCAUUUUAUAUAUUAAAACUAUAUAUAAAAAUGAAGUCAUUCAAAAUUCUAACUUAAUCAAUUUUCUCGAAUUUUAUCCUUACUAAUGAAAAUUCUUGGAAAGGUCAAUUCGCGAAAAUCUUUGCGAAAUUACUUAAAAUGAAUUAUUUUUUCUUCCCAUUUUCUAUUCUCUUGAUUUACUCAGUAUAUUUUCUUUGUUGUAAUCUUAGACCCCGUUUACACGCAUUUUUUCACGCCGGCAUGAGUUCACUUCGGUGUCUUCAGGAAACUCUAUUGCUGUUCACACGUCAAAGCCGACAUGAAAUUUCAAGCCGGCAUGAGUUUCAUGUCGAUUUCGUGUAAACAGCCUCUUGAUAGCCCUUACACAAAGUUUUAUUUUGGGGCCGAAACGAAAAUUUCAUUUCAGGCCCUUGUCUAGUCUUUGUCAAUGUUUACAUAGUUUCGGGCAAAAUGAAAGUCAUUUCGGUGUUGAUUCCAUUUCGGUCUAAAAGACGAAACCGGAAUUUUAUUUUGCCUCCAAAAUAUUCAUGUAAACACAAUUUACACGAAUUUAAACUAUUGCGCAUGCGUACAAAGUUAUUGCGCAUGUUAACAAAGUUAUUGCGCAUGUGUACAAAGUUAUUGCGCAUGUGCCGUUCACACAACUCUGGCAUGAAAAACUCCAUGCUUGGAGAAAGAAAGACAGGCUCCAUAUGCUCCAUGUAAACAAUGGGUUUUAAAUCUGAUUUUGGGUCCAUGUAAAAGGCUACCUUAAUGCAUGGCUACUUUAACUCAAUAAUUACACCUAAAACAAAUCAAAAUUGCAAUAAGCACAUCUUUUUGCGAGCAACCUAAUUCGCCAAAAAAAGGAUAAAAACCUUAGUAUAAAAAGUUAGAAAUGUUAUGGAAUUCAAGGGUGUUUUGGAGCACCACGCGUAUGUUGAAAUAACGGGGAAAAGGGACUGAUAUAAUAAACGGCGUUAAACUUUUUACAGGUAAAUAUUAUAUAGUGUUAUCUGUUUUCAAAGUCGGAUUAACACCAUUUUAGAUUUUACAUCUGUUUCAUAAGAAUUUACUUAAUGCUUGCGUAAUAAAACAAAUCUAUUACCUUAAAAAAUAGACGCCUUAACUGGAAUCUUAAAAACUUCAACGUUUGUUAUCUUGUGCGAUUUUCAGGAAAUUUAAGCUCAUUUCUUGGGAUAGCUUUAACUUUUGACACAGAAAAACAUCGAAUUUAUAUUUCCUUCAUUCUAAUCAACUUGGACGUAAAGCGGAACUGUUCAAUUUGCAAGAAUAUUAUUCAGGCUUAAAUUAAAUUAAUCUCCCCUGAUAUAUUAAAGGCUCAAGUUACGAGGAGUUGAAUUAACGUACUAAAAGACGGCGAAAAAAAUGAAAAAUUGUUUUGUUCCGUCAUAAGAAAGGGCAUAAAUCUUAAAAAAAUCGAAUUUAAUUAAAAUUAAAAAAUGCAGGCAUAUUAUAUGCACUAAGCUGAAAAAAAUUAUAAAAUAUUUAUUGAUUUACUUGUAAGCAUUCUUUAUUCACGCUAGUCCCUGCUUUAUGUUAUUAUACUCAACUAAAUGGUCAUAGCCCCACUCGUCGUACCAACGGCACGAUCCUUGUUCGUAGUAAUCACAUGAGAUCUUUGGCUGUAAAAAUUUACGUUUUGGUAAAUCUGGUUCCAUUGGACGUUUACCCAAAGCCAUGAAGUUUUUGAAGUAAUACCUGAAUAAAGGUUAAAUAUUAGAGAUAAAGGUUUUUGUUUCUGUUAACUAAAUUUUAACGAUAACAUUAUUUUAUGUAAACAGUUACAAAAAAAAUGAAGAUUUAAAAACACCCGCAUUUGAGAAAAUUGGGGACUUUACAAGAAUUACCUCAUUAAAGUACCUACCAUCUCUGCAGGAUAUAUUUCCGUCCCUUGAUAACAGGUGCAGCUUCAUGGACAGAAGUUUUAUCACAUUUUCCUUGUUUAUUCAUGUUAGUCCACACGAUUAAGCGUCCUUUUCGUGGUGUCACACUUACGCCCAAUUUUGAAAAGACAGUCUCACCACCUUCUCUAACGUUUUGAAGAUACACCAAAGCAGUAGCAUAUCGAUCGCGCAACUCAGUGCUGUCUAAAUCACAGUCGGUAUGACGUUUGUAACCUGCAGAAGAAAAGAUUUUUGUCCUAUAAAUUUACAGUAACAAUUAUAUACUUUAAGAGAACAAAAUUGCGGGCACAAACUAGGCAAAAAAAUACGAACACAAAAAAAAUUACGGAUAUAAACUUUUGCUAGUAGGAAUAGGUGACAUAAAUUUUAUACUUGGUCAAUAAUAAAAAUCAUUUAAAAACGCACCAGGUUUAAAAGUGAUGUUUUACAUAGGUAAAAUGCCUAAUGUUAAAAUAUUAGGGAAACAAAGUUUUGCAAAAAAAGAAAGUGGAAUAUUUUAAAACAAUAAAUUUUCGCCAAAGAUACAAAAUUCGCGGGUCGUGAAAGUUUGCGCUCAUAAGUAUAUCUACUAAGUAGACAUAAUUACGUCUGUUUACUGAAUUUCGCACUCCAAAAGAACUACAAAGUAAAUAAAAUUAUAAGAAAUAGAUUUCAUAGUUGACGGAACAAAAGUGAUAUUUUCUUCGAGCAAAAUCUUUUAAUCUCUUUAAUAAUAGAGGUGUUCCGUCUUUUUGUGUGUCCGCGAAAGGCGCGUCCUGGUACGGAAACACGAAAUGCGAUAUAUAAAGGACGGGCGACCCCGUGGAAUCUGGGUAACCGACUAGUCUCUUUAAUAAUAGCCGUCGUUUGUCUGUGUUAGCCAAAGCGGCGUCCCGUAACGGAAACACGAAAUUUUUAAUAUGCGCACGAGUAUCAAAUGCGAUAUAUUUUUAUCCACUUUGUUGCGACGGGUAAAUUUAAAGGACGAGGGAACACGACGGGCGACCGCAUGGAUUUUUCCAAGGGUUAACGACUAUCUCUCUUGUGUCCCUACCUCAAGUAGGGACACACAAAAUUCGGUAUAUAAAGGACGGGUGAACCGGUAGAUUAAACAAUGGGCCACCGACUAGGCUAUAUUAUAAUACCUGUAUACUUCUGUCAUGCAAAGUGGUACGGCCAGUAGCCAGAUGCACCCAAACCGGUAUAAAAUGGACUGGCGAGCCCGUGGAUUUUUCCAAGGGCCACCAACAAGCAUUAAAGUAUUUGAAAAAACAAUAUGCACCUAUCCUUUGAGGAUACGACGUAAUUUGAAACUUCCCGCCAUGUGUUGAAGGUAAUCCAGAAACCUUUUCAAACCUCCUCUCAAAAACUGAAGUAAAUUUGCUUUCGCCAGGAUAAAAAGCAGUGCUGUAGCUAUAUUUCAGUUUAUCCUGCAAUUGUCGAGAGAAUGUGCUAUUGAUACAAGUUGUUUCUGGGGCAAAAUCUUUCGGCGUUACUGUGUACGUUACACCAGCAUCUACGAGGUAUUUUUGAAACGAUAUUAUUCCAGAAAAACAAAUUAGUGGUCCUAUCUUAUUUGAUUUCUCGAUAAAUCUUAGGUGAGCUGCAGACAAACCAUCACAUUCUUUGUCAGAUAAAAAGUUAUCUAUCUGAUAGAGCUGAACUGAGCUACCGUUUGACUUAUAUAACUCUUGCACAUUCAUGUUUAACCCAUCGAUGGAGAUGUUCCGCAUAGAUAAACCGGAACAAAAAGAAGGUGAGAAGACAUUUGAGUGGACAUCAGCGUGACCUAAAGGAAAACAUAGAAUAUAUAAUUAUCACACAGCUGCCAUUUUGUUUGUUUUUGUCGAAGUUAGUGAGAAUUGGAAUUAUUGUGUGAAUGUAAAGGCGGAUUUUAGGUAAAAUCAUAUAUAUUUUUUUUAUUUUCUUCUGUGUAAAUAAAUGUCACAAUUGAUGUGAACUACUUAUAGGCUCCAUAAAAAAUAAGUGCAAAACUUAAAAUCUACCUAAGUUGAUGUUAUUGCUGGUUAACUAUAAAAUUUAAGAAUUAGUAAAAAAUUAAAAACUUUUACCUUCAUCUACACCAAGUUAGUGUCAAACAAAAAUUACACAAUACCAGUCAUUAAUGCAUUAGCUAAAGCACCGACACAUCAUAUGUUGAUUCUAUUAAACAUUACUAGCUAGCUACCUAAAUUAUAAGUUUGAUAACAUUAAUAAAAAUACUUCCGUGUAUCAACCUCACAUAAAUAUAUUAGUUACAAAAAUGGUUAGCUACCUAUAUAUACUGUUUUUUAUGCUUUUUUUUCAGAAUUAUUCAGCCUAGUAGCUAGCAGGCUAUAGCAAAAGGUAGAUAAUGAAAAUGGUAGUAAGCAAAAUUACACCUAAUUGGGCGUAAAGCUUUGGGUAUACACAAAAGUUGGUUGGUAAGCAUUCAGCUUUACUUAUAUACCUUUGUUUUUGUCAGGGACGCUUUGCCUUUUCACUUUUGCUUUUUGGUGUUUUGGCUUGCUGCUGAUGUUUGACUUGUUUGCUGCGUCAUCCUCAUAAUAUAUGUUCCAACUAAAGUAAAAUCCAAGUAUUAAUAAACUUGAUACUAAUAAUAUGUAUUUAUUAUUUUGCAGAAUUGAUUUUUUGGAUAAAAUUUUUCUGUUUACUUCUUUCCUUUUUUGAGGAUUUGAAUCACGUUUUUUGCGCAAGCUAACUGCCAUUUUGUUUGUUUUUGCUGAAGUUAAUGUGUAUAUUUUGCGGAAUAGAUUUUUUUAUUACGGAGAAUUAAACAAAUAUCAUUUUGUGAAAUAUCGUAGUCAUUUCCCGCUUGUCUUGUUUGCCCAGGCUGGGUUGUUUUUGUUUUCGUUGAUGUUGUGUUUGUUUGUUUAUUUGCCGUUGAUGUUUUUCUUUGUUUCUUAGUUAUAUCAUGUAAAUAUUUUUUGCUUUCUGUUUAAUCCUGACUUAUUUUCCUUGUUUCGUUUUGAUUUAAAAUUAGGACAGGAGGCAUACAAACAUAUGGUAUUAUUGGGCCAAUAAUGGAAGAGUUGCUGUAUUUUAACCUUUUUUAGACUAGCUAGCUAGCUGCUAGCUAGUCUAAAGGGAUCCCCUGGAUCUAGGCAUCCUGAGGGACCCCGACAUAGACAUUUUUCCCAAACCAGGGCUAUUGAGUUUUUUUUGUCUUGUCAGCAUCUGUUUGUUUAGUUCAAGCUUGGCUGUACGGGAUCUUUUCCCGAUCGGGUGUCGGGUGAGUGUCCCUCGAUUGAGUGAACCACUUGAUCGAGUAAGUCGGAACUGGCGGCAAUUUUUCACAACCACCCCAUUUAGUGAGUCAUAACUGACGGUAAAGUUUUAGCUAGUUAAAUACAUAAACAAACCGAGGGUGCUUGGGAGAGACUUAGUUCUUGCCUAGCACCCAGCCAGCUAAAGCUUUAGAGACAGCUAACUAGCUAUGUUAAAGAUAUCAAUAUUUCUCUACUAUAUUUUGUGUCGGGUAUGAUGAAAAAUAUGCACAUUUUUCUCUAUAGCUUGCUAUACUGGCUUCUAACUAAACUAAUUCCAAGCACAUGUCUAUAAGACAAAUAAAAUGAGCUUCAGAGGCACAACAUGUGCAACCUAGACUGAUUCAGGUAAGUCUCUCCUGAUCAGGUGGUUUGCGCACUCACUCGAUCGGGUGAUUUACCCGAAUUGGGUGACAGACACCCGAUCGGGGAAUGAUCCCGUACCUUUGUUUUAUUGUAUUGUGGGCGCUGCUGUAGCUUAGUGGUUAUAGCUAUGCUAAAACUUUUUUGCACUUAUUUUGCUGCCUCAGUUAACCACAGACCCAAAAUCACUUAAAACAAGCCAAAACUAUCAAAAAAGGUUGCCAUUAAAUUACUAUAGUAAUUAAUGUGGAUGUUGACAGUCCUUGUACUUGGGAACCUCAGGUUGCCCCCCACCCCCCUACUGUUACUAAGAGUAGCCUACUUAAAUGACUUCAAACUUUCCAAGUUGCCCUGGAUCCACUUUUCUCACUUGCAAGGCCUUACCUAAAUGGCUUUGGUAAGGUGGAUAUAUUGAAUGAAAAAAACAUAUGUAUGGAAAAUACUAUUUCUAUAACAUAGCUAUAUAUAUUAUGGGUAAAUAGUUCAUAAAAUUGAAAAAAUAGAAUUUGUUAAAGCAAUGUAUAUACCUCAAGAGAAGAAAAAAACGAAUUUGUCAAGGCAUUUUAAUUUUAGAAAAUCUUCCAAAUUGGAUUUAUCGCUGAGGCAAAGUUUUUGAGACACACAUUUUGUGUAUAUAAUGCAAUAAAAUGUGAAAACCGUGAAAAGGAUAAAAAGAAACAAGUAUUUAUAUUGUGUUUGUACCGUAAAAAAUCUUCUAAAAUCCUCUAAAUAUUAAGGUGAAGGUAUACCUUUUGAGCAUGUUUUUUUUAAAUUGCAAUUUUUUCAGCGAUAGUUAAUCAAAUUUUAUUCAUUCAUAAAUCACUAAAAAGCAUUUUCAACCACCUAUUAAAUGGUAUAAAAAUAAUUAAAACUUUUUAACUCAUGAAAAGUACAGAGACAUUUUUGAAACACACCCUGCCUUCAAAAAAGUGACUUCAUUUACAAAACUACUUCUUUCCAAAUCUCAUUCGUUGUUCUAUAGAAUCGUGAUAGAUGUAUGUAAAAACGUUUUUUUAAUUAUUUUCCACAAAGUCCCCGGUUUUUGAUUUAUUUUACUUUUUCUAAAAAAGCCAUUUUUAACUUAAAGAUGUAAUAUCUAGAGAAUCGUUGAUUUUUGAAAAUAAAAAAAAUCGUUUUUAGAUAAACACGUUGGCUACAGCACAGUAGCACUCUCCCUUGUAGAUCUUCUGUAGUUUUGUAAAAGAGAUUUGAAAAGUAAUAGAUGGUAUACAGAAAAAAACACUCGAAAAAGUGUUUUAAAGAUUUUUUAAAAUAUCACACCUUUCAAGCAUACUCAUAAUGAUGGUGAUACUUUCACACUUCCGAGGCGAUGAAUAUUCAGAAGGUUGUCCUUUUAAAUUUUAUUAUUCGCAAAGACGUGACUGAGAAUAGCAUAGAAAUAGAACUUUCUAAGUCGUUUAACAUUUUUCUGUGACUUGCAGAAACAGAACAGGAUGGCAUACAUUUUUAGAAAUAAAAGUGUGUUUUUUUUCAGACAGUCAUUUCUUUUCAGAAAGGAAAUAUAAUUUAUUUUUAAAAGUUAUACUCAAGAGGAUGAUAAGUGUUAAAACAUUCAUUCUUAACUUAAUUCAAUUUAUGGUGUGAAAGACCGAUCAGAAAAAAAAAAGUUAGUUAUUUGGAUAAAGUCAAUAUUCCCCAAAAAUAAAUAAAUAGUUUUACCAUUGGGAAGAUUGUUGUUUUUUUAGUAUAAAUGGCUAAUAAAAAAAAUCAAUUUUUUGAUACAAUAAAGGUAUACCGUCACCUUAAAUAGAAGCAAUAAAUAAAUCUCUCUAAAAUAAUAAAAUAAUAAUAAUAAAUAUUUAAAGUGGCUAGCCCACAAAAUCACAAAAACCUAUAGUUAGUGGAUUGUUUCCACUAGGGGCCACUAAUAAAAUUGAAACAAAAAAAUUUCUUUAAAAAUUAAAUAUAAACGAAUAAAUUUCGUAUGAACCAAAUACGACAUUGUCACUGAAAAUUUGACAUUUUUUUAAGAAAUGCUACCCAUAUGUUUAAAUUCUUCUUAUGCUCACACCACUUCAUGUCAUAAUAAAGACCUAUAUAAUAUACAAAUUCAAUAGGAAAAUUUUUUUUUUUCACUUUCUAAACCUUUUGUGAUUACAUGGACUAACUGCUAUUUAUUUGUUUCAGGUUGAUUAACAAUGCAACCAAAAAUAAUGAUAA